GUCGGAGGCCAUGUCAGACAAUGGCUCAGAUUUGCAGAAACGCACUCGAGUCUGGGACAGGUUCUUUGGAAGUGCGGCUAUCCAGAAGCCAACCGUCGGGCCUUUCGAGAUGAAGAUCUGGGAUUACAUUCCAACCGAGGUUUACAUCAGCGAAGAACGAUUGGUCGAAGCCAAUAGCUGGCUCACAUAUGUUCAAAUCACCUUCGAUCGCCAGGACCGAAGGUUGAUUGUUGGAUUCGCUGCGCAGAAGGGUCCUGGCACGAAGCCAGCUCGCAUGGAACUCGUCAACACUUGGCAAGCUGUAAAGGUGUGGAUGACGGAAGUCUGCUUGCAGUUCCCAGCAUGCCUGGAUGAUGUCAUCUGCCGACAGCUGAGAGAGCCUACCACCAUCCCGGAAGAGCAGUACCUGCAGGCCAUCAUUGAGGUCAAGAACAACUUCAACAAGAUGCCAACGCUCCUCCCAGAGAUUGGUCGGCAGUCGGUGACCAUGCGUGAGCAACUCGGUCCGCUGUUGAGUGAUGACUGCGAGAAGACACGUCAUGAUGUCCAAGUCUGGCUGAACAGUCUCCCCGACAAACUGCUUGGGCUCCGUGCCGCAACUGUGGAGUGGCUUACAGUCUGCAAGUCUCAAGACAAGGGAAAGAUCCUUAACUGGUCCCAGGAAGCAGAGCGUUAUUAUCGAACACAAGAUAGUCGUCAGUGAAGGACAUCAGAUAGUAAC